AUGGGGUCUGAAAACCCCUGCCCACAGAACCCCGGCUGUAAAAUCAUGACUUUUCGUCCAACGCUGGAGGAGUUCCGGGAAUUCGGGAAAUACGUUGCUUACAUUGAAUCCCAGGGUGCCCACAGGGCAGGGCUCGCAAAGGUGAUUCCGCCCAAAGAGUGGAAGCCGCGCAGGAGCUACGACGACAUCGACAACAUGGUCAUCCCUUCCCCCAUCCAGCAGGUCGUGACGGGGCAGUCCGGACUCUUCACCCAGUAUAACAUUCAGAAGAAACCCAUGCUGGUUGGAGACUAUCGGCGCUUGGCCAACAGUGAGAAGUAUUGUACCCCCCGUCAUCAAGAUUUUGAUGACCUGGAACGCAAAUACUGGAAGAAUCUGACCUUUGUUUCUCCUCUGUAUGGAGCCGAUAUUAGCGGUUCUCUGUAUGAUCCGGAUGUGAAAGAGUGGAACAUCAGCAAUCUGAACACCCUACUGGACAUGGUGGAGCAUCAGUGCGGCAUUAUCAUUGAAGGAGUGAACACCCCUUACCUUUAUUUUGGGAUGUGGAAGACCACCUUCGCAUGGCAUACGGAGGACAUGGAUCUCUACAGCAUCAACUACCUGCAUUUUGGAGAGCCCAAAUCUUGGUAUGCCAUUCCGCCAGAACACGGCAAGCGGCUGGAAAGACUGGCAAAAGGGUUUUUUCCUGGGAGCUCCCAAGGCUGCGAUGCCUUCCUCCGUCAUAAGAUGACCCUCAUUUCACCGUCCAUCUUGAAGAAAUAUGGCAUCCCCUUUGACCGGAUCACCCAAGAAGCGGGUGAGUUCAUGAUUACAUUUCCUUACGGCUACCACGCCGGAUUCAACCACGGCUUCAACUGUGCCGAGUCCACCAACUUCGCCACACUGCGGUGGAUUGACUACGGCAAGAUGGCCACCCAGUGCACGUGCCGGAAGGAUACGGUGAAGAUCUCAAUGGAUGUCUUUGUCCGGGUCCUCCAGCCGGACCGUUACGAUCUGUGGAAGGAAGGGAAAGACGUCACGGUCUUGGACCACAUGAAGCCCACGCCUCUCACCAGCCCGGAGCUGGAUGCCUGGAAUCAGAACAAGGCUGCGCUGAAAGCCAAGAUGCUACGCAGGGCAAACAGGAAACGAAGCCAGCCGCGAAGGCACAAGACGCAGGAUCAGAAGUCUCUGGGGGACGUCAUGGCGAUGGAGACCGCCCUGGACGAAGUGAAAAUCAAGGAAGAGCAGCAGAGAAUCCCCAGCUUGGAUGGACAGGAGAAAAGCAAAGAGGGGAGGGGAAGAGAAGGAGAGUGCAAGCCGAAGAACCGCACCCCGAAAGUCAAAGGGGAGAGGAAGAAGAAGCAGCAGCGGCACCCCCUGCUGUCCCAGCCCCCCCAGCUCCCCCUCCAGCACCUCCUGCCUCCGCUGUUGCUGCCGCAGCCUUCUCCCCCCAGGCAAGAAGCUGAGCGGCAGCUGCAGGCCACCCCGGAGGGCCACCGGCUGCAGGCCAAGCCCCCGCGGUCUGCCUCUGCAGCGGCAAGCACCCCGCCCAUGCCGGCCCUGGAAUCCCUGGCCUCUGAGAGCCCCGGAGAGGGGGCGGGGGGCUCCACGGCCCACCCCAGCCUACACAAGCUUUACCUGGUCCAGCGUCCCAGGAAGUCCUCGCAGAAGAAGAGGGUGUCCUGCCAGGAGCUGUUUGAGAAGUUCCUCACGCAGGAGAAGGGCGUGGAUCUCGGCAUCAAAGGCGAGGAGACCGGAGAAGGAGACAGCACCGAGGGGUCCACUGAGCCCAGUAAAUUACAGACCACCUCUACUUUCUCUAAACUGAAGAUGGAGAUCAAGAAGAGCCGCCGCCACCCGCUGGGCAAGCCCCCCACCCGCUCCCCGCUGUCCGUGGUGAAGCAAGAAGCGGCGUCCAGUGACGAGGAAACUCUCCCCUUCUCCGGCGAGGAGGAUGUCGGUGGCCCGGGGCCGCUGAAGUCCUUGCUUUCCCUCCAGUGGAAAAACAAAGCAUUCAGCUUCACGGCGGAGAGGAAGUUCAACGCAGCCGCCGCGCUGAGCGAGCCCUACUGCGCCAUCUGCACCCUCUUCUACCCAUACAACCAGGCAUUGAAGAUGGAAAAAGAGGCCCCGGUUCACUCAGGAGACAGCUCUGCGCCGCAUCCACCAUUGAAGCACGGGGGGCAGAAGACCAAGCCGCUGAUCCCCGAAAUGUGCUUCACCUCGAGUGGCGAGAACACAGAGCCCCUCCCGGCGAACUCCUACAUCGGGGAGGACGGGAGCAGCCUGCUGAUCUCCUGUGCCAAGUGCUGCCUGCAGGUCCACGCCAGUUGCUACGGGAUACGCCCCGACCUAGUCAACGAAGGCUGGACUUGUUCCCGGUGCUCCGCCAACGCCGUGACAGCAGACUGUUGUCUCUGUAAUCUCAGGGGAGGAGCUCUGCAGAGGACCACAGAUGGAAGGUGGGUCCACGUGAUCUGUGCCAUCGCCGUCCCGGAGGCCCGUUUCCUCAACGUCAUCGAGCGCCACCCCGUCGACAUCACUGCCAUUCCUGAUCAGAGGUGGAAACUGAGAUGCGUGUACUGCCGGAAGCGGAUGAAGAAGGUGUCCGGUGCCUGCAUCCAAUGCUCCUACGAGCACUGCUCCACCUCCUUCCACGUCACCUGUGCCCACACAGCCGGAGUGCCCAUCGAACCAGACGACUGGCCCUACGUCGUGUCUAUCACCUGCUUCAAACACAAGGCGGCCAGCCAUGUCAUCCCAUUUUCCCGGGAGGUGUCCCUGGGCCAGACGGUGAUCACGAAGAGCCGGAACACCCUCUACUACCGGUGCAAAGUGAUCGGCAUAACAACACAGACCUUCUACGAGGUGAACUUUGAUGACGGCUCGUACAGCGACAACGUUUUCCCGGAGAGCAUCGUGAGCAAAGACUGCCUCAAGACGGGCCCUCCUGCCGAGGGAGAGGUGGUUCAGCUGCAGUGGGUGGACGGCUCCAUUUACAAGGCGAAAUUCAUUGGUGCCCUGAUCAGCCAGAUCUUCCAGGUGGAGUUUGAAGAUGGUGCCCAGCUGAUGGUCAAACGGGGCGAGAUCUACACCCUGGAGGAGGAGCUGCCCAAGAAAGUAAAGUCACGCUUGUCCCUCAGCACCGGGGCUCCUCAGGAAGACUCGAAGGCCGCCAAGCGCCCUCGGGUGGGCACCGCCAAGAACCCCGAAGACCGCGGACCGAGCCGUGACUACUUUUCCGUCAUGGAGUCCCUGCUCCAAGCGCCGCUUCAGCCGGGAGCGCAAGGCACCCCCAUGUUCUAA